AUGAGUGGCACACAUGUCAGUGCACCAGUCCCGGAAGAUUUGAAAACAAUGAAAGUCAAUGAGAACAGCCGAAAAUUGAACAUUAUUUUACGAAAUGGCCUAGCCGGAGGUAUCGCGGGUUGUGCCCAAAGGAUCACUAACGGGAGAUAUCCAGGCAAAAACUGUAGUGGCCCACUGGACAGGGUCAGGAUACUUUUCCAAACCUCUCAUUCUCAAUUUGUACAGUAUUCGGCCCACUGGAAGGGCUUGAUUAAGGCUGCCAGAGUCAUUCAAACGAAAUAUGGUAUAUCUGCGCUUUUCAAAGGGCACACAGCAAGCUUGAUCCGCGUCUUUCCUUAUGCCAGCAUCAACUUCCUUGCAUACGAACAGUUCCGAAUGGCAGUUAUCAUGACCCCUGAGAAGGAAACACCGUUCCGUCGAUUUUUAUGCGGCAGUAUGGCCGGUGCGACAUCCACAUUUGUCACAUAUCCUCUUGAGUUGAUGCGUACUCGUCUUGCCUUCGAAACAGUGCAUACGAAUCCUUCAUCUUGGCUUGAUAUUUCUCGGAAAAUUUACUUUGAAGGUCGAGGCAACGGGAGGUUGUCACAUCUUUAUUGA